AUGAGGAGAGGACGGAGAAAAGGAGGGAAUAAAGACAAGGUGUUUGGCUGCGACCUGCUGGAGCAUUUGAACGCCACCGGCCAAGACAUUCCACAAGUGUUGCGCAGCUGCAGUGAAUUCAUUGAAGAACAUGGUAUUGUUGAUGGGAUCUAUAGACUGUCUGGAGUUUCAUCCAACACGCAGAAACUAAGGUCUGAGUUUGACAAUGAGGGGACACCAGAACUGUACAGAGAUGUCUACCUCCAGGAUAUUCACUGUGUUAGCUCUCUGUGUAAGGCCUACUUCAGAGAGUUACCCAACCCACUCCUGACAUACCAACUCUACGACCGCUUUGCUGAGGCUGUGGCUGUCCAGCUGGAGGAUGAAAGGCUGGUGAAGAUCAAAGAGGUGCUGAGGGAUCUGCCUCCUCCCCACUACAGGACUCUGGAAUAUUUGAUGCGUCAUUUAGUGUGGAUGGGCAAACAUGCCUCAGAAACAAACAUGCAUGCCAGAAAUCUGGCCAUUGUAUGGGCCCCAAACCUUCUCAGGUCUAAAGACAUUGAGGCGUCUGGCUUUAACGGUACUGCUGCGUUCAUGGAGGUGCGUGUCCAGUCUAUCGUUGUGGAAUUCAUCCUCACUCACGUGGAUCAGCUUUUUCCCGAACCAGAAUCAGGAGGACGCAGGAAGUCCCUCCCCUCCCCUUCGCCACAAUCCAGUCAGGAAGAGCCUUUCUUCAGGGCGAUGCCUUUCCAGCUUCCGAGGAACGUUAGCCCCGGGGAUGCCCCCCUUCCCAUGAGAUCCUACCAUGACAUCAUCGACGACACUGAGAAGAGAAAGGGUUCUCUGAAAGGCAGGAAAUGGAAAUCCAUCUUUAAUUUGGGAGCAAGACUUCAUGACCCUCGUAAGAAGAACAAAGCCUCAAACAAAGAGAAAGAGAAGACUAGUCUGAGGCCAGCUAAGAGUAUGGAUUCCCUGAGUGCAGCACCCUAUUCACAGGAAGGUCAAAGACAGCGAACUCCAGCCAAUCAGUUUUCGCCCUUAAGCGGUUCCUCCGCCAGCCCCACUGGAAGCACAGAGACUGGCCUUUCUGGGCCUGGGUCCGGAUCCAGCUCUUACGCGGUCACUUUCAGGCGAACAGGCGGGGCCAGCGUGAGCGUAGUGAGUGGAGGAAGCGGUACUCAGGGAACGUACAACCGUCUGGACUCGGGCAACGCGGCCGGCGGCGCCAACGGGUCUCAAAACGUGUCCAGGUCACCGGCGUUACAGAGCAGGGCAGAGCGCCGCGCGGGCAUCCACAUCUCCGGACCUUUUUCGGUCACCGUACCCCUCCACAUCACCUCUGGGUUAGCAUUUGGGGUACUGCAGGGCGGCAGGGGAGAGGAGGAGCAAGUCCCUCAGGAGAGUGGAGACGCAGACAGAGAGCAGAAAGUUGAGGAGAAAGCGGAGACAGAGAAAGAGGAGCAAGAGAGCAUAGGGAAGGAGCACAACGGCGAGGCACCGGCGACAGAGGACAAAAACACUGGGAGUGAAGGCAGAGAGGAAACUUUGCAAGAGGAAGAAAAAAUGAUGGCCAGACCACCGCAGGAUUCCGACGUUUCCAAUGUCCCAGUCGCACCCAACUCUCAGGAUAAGUGUGACGUUCAGCUGUCUGUCGAGGAAGAGUCCCCAGAUCAAGACCUGCCGCUGGAUUUCCAGGACACGUUUGGAUUUCUGGAUAGCAUGGAAAGCAGCACUUCGUAUCAGAAUAACGAGUUCUCCGUGGAACCCCCUUGUUAUGAGGAUGAAGAGGAAGAGGAAGGCAAGUCUCACAGCCUGCCUUACAAGUCAUGCCCUUUCCUACCCGCCACAGGCUCUUCCUCUGAUGAAGAGUACGAUGAUGAUGAUGAUGAUGAGGAAGAGGAUGAUUCCGACAAAGGGGAUUACGAAGACAUGUUCUUUUGCAGUCUUCCAUCUGCUAAGCAGUUCCAUGGACUCCGCUGGUCAUGCCCACAGCCUGCAUCAAUGCCCUACACCAAUAGCGGGACAGAAAUGCACCCGAAGGACCAAUCAGAUUGCUCAGAUCAAGAACACACCACAGUUUCACCCAUUAGGGUUACAGAGGGUUCAGUCCAAACAGAGGCGGCCAAUAGCACCACAGAUGCUCAUGCCAUUGAUGAAUCACACGACCCAAGGUCAGAGAAUGGGGACUUUGAUUCACCUGUUCACACAGAGGAAUGGGGUGAAGAAAUGAAGACAGAUGAAGAGAGGAAUGAAGAGAAGGGCCAAGAAAAGGAUGGAUGUGAAGAGAGGGAAGAGGAAGGGGUUGUGAGACGUGAGAUGUCAGGUACAUGGAAUGAAACCACUAACACAGACAAGGGGAGCACAGACCCUGUCCUAUCCGCAGAUACACGCACACUGAGCUCGAAGACAGAGGGCCAAUCGGUAAAGACUGAAGACAAAGAGGCGGAUGGCAGUCUUGAAGGAGUGCACUCCCCUUCAUCAUCCGGAACGCCUCCCACAGAGACUCCUCCCACUACCAUUCACUCCCCUGUCACAGGCAAAAUGCCAGGCUUAGAAGGUGAUCAGCCAGUGCUUGUUGUCACGGCACCAGAACCCACCUUAUUGGCUGAGCAGUGUGAAGCUAUGAUCAAUGAGCUGUUAGAGGACCUAAGUGUUAUUUCCUGUAGCAGCUUAGAGGCACAGUCUGAAGUCAAUGAAGAGGUAGAAAGCCAGAGGAGGACAGGAGAGCUUGAAGCAGAAAGAAUCGAGGAAAAGCAUGAAAUUAUAUUUGGAGGGGAGAAAGACACAGAAAACAUGGUAGGUGGUGAAAAAGAAGGAGAGAGAGAUUUCGAGGAAGAAACUGAAACAGAUGGAGGAAUAGGACCAAAAGAGGAACAUCAGUCAGCACGAGAAGACCUCAAAGAGGUUCCUGUUUCCGAAGAUAAUACCCCGAGAGACGCUGAGGAGAGGGAAAAAGAAGAACGCGAUUCGCUUGGAGAUGAUCCCGCCGGCGCGUCAGACUCCGACAGUCAGCCAGAGGACAGAGUGACUGAACACAGAGAUGAAAGAGAGGAUGGAGUGAAUGAGGAAAGCAAAGUGAAGCUCUCUGUCGUCCAAGGCCAAGAGCCACCACAGACAGCCCCUGUUGCAGAAGAAGAAGAAGAACCAAAGGAGGGAAAGAACGGAAGAGAUGAAAGCCACAAUGCGGAGAUCGGAAAGACAGACAGGGGCGUGGGUCUUGGUCCAGGGCUGGGCCGGACGCUGGUGGUGUCCAAACAACCCCCAGCAAGAGUAUUUCAGGCCAAGGCUGUUCCUGUGGUCCCACCCAAACCCCAGCACUCCAAACUCGCUGCUUUCAAUCUGAAGCAGCAGUUUCAGCUCAGAGAAACAGAGUCGACACACAGAGAAGGACAGCACGCGGACUCCGACAGGACGGAACAGCAGAUCUGCGCGCAGCAAAAACACAGCGACGCGGAGAACAGUGACACGGAGAAGCCGCAGAGAGACGUCAGUCACGAGGCGGUACACCAGGACCACAGGGGAACUUCGCAAACACUUCCAAACAACGGCAGGUGCAAGGACCAGACGAGGGGAGACAAGGAAACGGAGGGAGAGGGCAAAAGAGAAAGGUCAGGGACGUGGGACGCCAUGAGAGAGAUCAGGCCGGACGGACUAAGAGAAGGAGACAGAGAAACUAAAAGAAACAGUGGCAUCAGCAUAUGUUUUGAUGAGGCGGUUGCCAGGGCGACGGGGAAGCGAGGGAGAGAGAGUGAGAGAGAGAGGGAAAAAGGUAUUGAUGCGCAGUGGGAGAGAGGUGGAAGGAAAGAAGGACUGGGUCAGAAGGCAAAAGAAACUGACUGA